GAAAUUUGUCUUCUUUCGUAAGCAGCAAGAGCAACUGCAAAUGGCGUUGAGUGAGUUGUAUUUUUUGUAAAAAUACUUUACCAAACGGUGUUAUAUCAGGACAUUUUGAAAGAGCAGACGCCCUCUUGCAAGUUUAGGGUGUCUUCAGUGUGUUGGAGUGAGCGUCAGUGAAAUUUUGGUUUUGGAAAUUUGAAGUUACUUUACAUCAGUGAAAGUGGCACGAGUUAGAUGACUGUGGUGCUUGACCAACCCUCAACGGACGCUGUUAGGUUUGGUUGCUUUGUCGAGCACAAUAGUGGACCAUGGCUUCGUAUUUAAUGGCAGUUAAGCUUCCAUCCCCUGAUGAAUCAUGCAGAUAAAAAGUAAUGAGUGUCAACCUCCUGUUAGAAACAGCACCCUCAGGCCUUUCAAAGCCCAUGACUGCUGGAUCUGACCCUCAGCCUGCUGAGUCUAGCACAGCACCAAAAAUGCCAAGUAUUGCCUCCAUUCGCCACAUACCCCAUAUCUUGGAUCAUAACUAUGGACAGCCUCCUCCCAUGACGCCUCCUGAUUCUAACAGUCCAGGGCCUGAAGAUGUUGAUACAGGGAAUGAGGAUGAUGAAGAUGAUGGUGUUACGAGGUGUAUUUGUGAGUUUGAUCAUGAUGAUGGCUACAUGAUUUGUUGCGACAAGUGCAGUGUGUGGCAGCACAUAGAGUGUAUGGGAAUCAGCUCUGAUGCCGUGCCUGAAAACUACCUUUGUGAUCAGUGUCAACCGAGAACAUUGGACAGAGAAAGGGCCAGGGCAAUUCAAGAGCGGAAAAGAGAGGAGCAAAGUGAUGAUGAUGACGAUGAUGAUAGUGAAGAAGACAGGGACACGCCAUCUUACACUGCCAUUUCUAAUACACCAACAAGGAUCACGCUAACAGCUAAAGUUAGCCAAAAGCGAAAACGGGGCCCUAACAAGAUCAAGGUUAAAGAUAAAGAUAUUCUUCAUGCUAGUGAAAAUCACGAUAAGGAGAAGAAACCCAAGAGAAGGCGGAGACAGAAGCAAAAGCCUGCCCCUGGAUUUGUUCCUGUUGAUGAGGAAACUAACGAGGCAUGGGACAACACAUGCAAUUCUUUUGAUAAUUACGAGGAGUUGAAAGAAAAUAUUUACAGCAAGGAGCUGGAACAACUAGCUCUAAACUCAAUACAGGAAAAUGGAUUCUUGCCAUCUGUUGCCAGUGAUGAUCAGCUAUGCAAAGUUGUAGAAGUGCAGCAAUGUAGAAAGGGUAUCGUUGCCACAGAAGACAUGGACAAAGACAAGUUCAUUGUUCAGUGCAAGGGAAAACUCAUGCUCCUCUCCAAGUUUGAAUCAGAAAAUCCAUUUUUCAAAAGGUGCAGUCCAUACGUCUUCUAUUAUUCAAAACUUGACCACUUACAGUUGUGUGUGGAUGCAAGAACUCAUGGUAAUGAUGCAAGGUUUGCCAGAAGGUCCUGCUCUCCCAACUCAGUGGUCCGGCACUUCAUGCUCAGUGGGAGAGUCUGUUUAGGGAUCUUCUCGUCAAGUCCCUUACCAAAAGGGGCCGAAAUCACAAUCCCAUUUGAGUUCCAGUUUGAAGAGUACAAUAGCUACCUGGACUGUGCUUGUGCUCAAGACAUGUGUGGCGUGAUGAAGUACAACCUUAAAUUCCAGAAUCAAAAUCAUGAUAACCACACACAAAAAAAAUUUAAGGCACAUGACGAGGAUAGCAACUCCGGCCCACAUCAAAAGAUGUCCCCCCUCAGAGUGUCACUGGGUAAUAGUCAGAGCUUGCAGGGUGACAGCGACUCUGACAUAGAAAACAACCCUGAGAAGCGAGGCAAGAAGAGCAGAGAGGAAAGAAAGCUGGAGGCAUACCUGAGGCAAAUUAAAGAAAUGGAAAAGAAAGAAAAACGGAAACAGCAAACCCAGAAAGAACACAAACAUGAGCUGAUUAGCCCAGUCAACCAAGAUGUGACGUUUAACAAGCUCAGUAAGAAUAUUAAGGGGAUAAAGAGGGCCUUGAGUAAGAGACGAACAGGAGCACCAGGCUUUAAAAGAAAGCGAGCCAGGCUGUCAAGUUGUUCUUCAGAACCUUUGUCUCCAGAUGAUCACAGCAGCAAUGCCACUACUCCCACGACGCCAAAGGUGACAUCUGCGUCGUCAUUACCAGAACAGGAACCUAGCACUGUGACUCCAUCCACUUCACCUAACAGAAGCUUUAGGUUUCCUAAGGAUACUAAGCAGAGUGGAGAAGAAGAGGUGAAAGAAACUCCCACCAAAGACACCACAGUGUCUGUAAAGACAGAGCUAGCAGAUCACAGUGAAGCCUCUACUCCUAACUCCCCCAUUACACCAAGAGAGGAGAGUGAACCAAAGCUUGUACUCAGCACUGCCAGUAGCACAACUGAACAAGAUAUUCUACCAGACAGUGCAAAUACUCUUUCAGAAAAUGUGUUGCCUGCUCCUGCUGAUACUGAGUGCUCACCAAGUACAGUGGAUAGUAGUGUGUUAGGCAAGGACUUGAAUAAUUCACUUGCAGAAUGUCUUGUUGAGAUAAAUGUGGCUGUCGGCAGUGGCAGAAAUACUCCAAGUCCAUGUCCGUCAACUUCAGGCUCCCCAACUAGUGCAGAGAGUGUAACAAGUGGUUACAGUGGCUCUGCUACUGAGCGAACAAGCCCAGGACCUGCGCCUGGAAGUCCUGUGGCAUCUGUGAAGUUUGGCCACCGAGUUACAAGAUCCAGCCCUUUGUAUGGAUCACUAAAGAAGAGGUGGUUAUUUCAAUACCUUUAUGGUCAGAACAUGGUCAAUGAAAGGCCUCCAAAUGGUUUCAAACUCAAUGUUGGCAGUGCUGUGAGUGGGCUGGUAAAUGGUAAAACAAUUCCGUCUUCGCUGAGGAGAAAUGGUCUCCCUAAAAUUAUAGAUCCAUUGCCCCUCAAGAAACGACAUUUAAGAAGGUACCAAAAGAUGGCGUCUGAAUCAGAGCAAUCUGCUAAUUUGACAUCACAAACUAUAUCUGGCGAGGCGCUGUGCGAGGAACCACUUAUUGUAAGCUCACCUGUUGCACUGGAACAGCAAGUGCAGAUUGUAUUAGCGGACAGUGUGAACGACUUACAACCUCAUAAAGAAGAACCUAUCACAAACAAUGAACGAAUUUCUUUGAGGGAACAAACACUUUUGAAAGUUAACACUUCUAUUGCAUCAAGCUCAAUAGAGACUAAAAAUUCAACAGUCACUUCACAGAAUUGUGCUAUCACAGUGACAACUAGUGACUCUGGAAUUUUGCAGAGAAGACCCAGUGAUCCAAGACUUGUAAAUAACUCGCCCGUUACUAGCACAAAUCCUGUUUUGUCCCCUGGUUAUGGUGUUCCUUUGGUGACAAGUUCUGUGUCACCUGUAGCUGUGGUGACGCCCAUCGCUGGGCAGUCUGUGGUGCAGUUUUCUCAGAGUAAUGACUCGUCUGGAACACCGGGAAAGAAAAAGGUGUCCUUGUUAGAAUAUCGCAACCGAUCUCGUAACAGACUGUCAGUGGACUUGCCGCCAAGAACGUUCCCGCAACAUACAGCUGUUGUGACGCCUCCGUCGAACUCUUCAUCUGCAUCAAGCUUCUCGUCGUCGGUUAUAAAAUCGUCAUCUCUAAGCGCAUCACUUCCGAAUCUCAGUGCAUCCUCUACGACGCCAUCGCUUGUUCAUCGACCAGUUGUCAGCGGUGGGGACAUAAAUGGACCUCAUUUGGAACCUGUCAGUCCGGAUUCAGAGGACAAAUCAUCUGUUCUCUUGCGUCGGCUGACAAAAGCUCCUAGCAGUGCGUAUGACAGAGGUAGUUCCUCUUCAAGAGAAGGAAAAGGCUUCAUGUACGGUGACGGGGAUUCACGCCUCAAGAGAGAAAUUCAAAAGAAACAUGAAGAGCUGACAAAAAAAGAGGAAAGUCUGGCCAAGGCCAAUGAAAAGCUGUCAUCAUUCUUUGCCGUGCACCUGCAAAAAGAUUCGAAGCCCUCAACAGUGGUUGGCAGAUCUCCAAGCAACAGUACCAGCAGCAACGAGUCUUCCAAUACGCCUGCGGAAAUAACUGGUGAUGCUAUGGAAAUUGAGGACGAGGAUAGUAAUUCGAACUCCAACAUCUACAUAAACACUCCGAUGGCAGUUGCUUCCUCGCACACACACUCCACACAUAUUCCACAUCGUCCCUCGCUUCUCUCACAGUUUCCUCAAGCGAGUUACAGAAUAAGUCAUUCACAUCCAACUCACUACAUAGCAACGGCCGCGCCCCAGCUUCCCUCUCCGUCACAGCCACCGCCGCGGAUACCAAACAGUUCGCCUCAAUACUUGGUAACUAGUCCUUCUGCUCCAGCGCAUGUCCGUUUUCAAUCGCCGUACCAAGCCGCUCCAUCACAGACGGCUGGGUUCUACCACCAUUGACCUGGGCUCUAGUGUCCUGUCUCCCUCCGACUUAAGAGAAUAUUGUAGUUAAGAUGCACUUCUGUAGUAAUGUAUUAAUUUGAAAGGUCUGGCUAUUGUAAAUUUUCCUGUUAGUGUUGUGUAGAGCCAAGCUCUUGUCUGCAAGGUUAGCGUGACUGUUGGUUUUGGCUUUGUGCGAGAGAAAAAAAAUAACGCAGAGAGCUUGUUAUAUAAAUUGUAGUUAAAGUGGUGAUUUGUGGUGAGAUUUUCAGCGAGUGGUCAGCAUAUUGCGAUUCGUUCAAGUUCCCGCAAUUCUCGAUAUCAGGAGAAUCCGCAGAGUUCAUGUUAAGUUUUACGACCCAUUGUGACCGUUGGCUUGUGGUGUAAGACCACAGCAGUUGUUUUACAUACUUACGUACAUUAUCAUGUAUUAUAGCCCUCCCCAUAUCUUAAACUGUUAUUUUAGAUGGGAACCAAGACUGUUAAAUAAAGAAAUGUAUGGCUAAUGCCUUUUCGUAA